CGAUGCGACUCCAACCUUGACGACUGUGACGAACAUCACCUCGACCGUCAUUUUUGGUUGUCUACUAUCGCGAUUCAGAGGGUUCUGGCAUCCCUUCCCGCAAACAAACUUAUUACACUCGAACUCUCUCACGAACAAAACAGCCCCUGCACCGGUCUGAACUCUUCGAACUGUCCCGCCUGAAGCUGCCCGUGAUCUCAAAGUCCGACCCCAACCUCGAAUACAGAUUUAGUCUUCCUCGCUACAUGACCCAACGACAACCCACGCGCCAACUUGAAUUAGUGCUGGCUUAAUAUUUCCUCAAGAUUCGGGGCCUCCUACCUUCCACGAUCGCAAGCAUGGCCGACUCUUCCCUCGUUGAUCUCCAUGAUGCGUCCAUGUCGGACGACAAGGACGACCUCGACUCUCUCCCCUCCAUAUCAACCGACGACAUUUACUCCGAUGUUUCCGACUCAGAUGCGCAAGCCGAGUGGGAGCGCAGUCUGGAGCAGCUGCAAUUGAUAUUGACUAUGAUGAUCGUCCCCUGGAUGGGUAAAUACUUUGGUCGCAAGUUUGCCUACUGGAGUUGGUCGCGAUAUAUGGAAUGGGCACAUAACGUCGAUGUUCGAUUAACAGAUAAAAAGGCAUUUAAGGCGGCGGGUGUCGUUGAGACUGCCGCAACAUUAUAGACGACAUAUACGUCCAAGAACGAGGGGCAUUCGAAAGACAAACACGAAUGAAGAAGGAUCCUUAGGAGCACGCAUGGACUUCAGUACGGUGUUGGGGUAUUUCUGAUCGCAUAUUUUAAAAUAGACGACUAUACAUGUCCAUAUCAUGACCGCGCUCAUGCCUCGAUUGCUACCCGUUCAACAGGAAUUACUCUCAACCAUGAUUCUAGGGCCAAUCGCUUUUGAGGAAAGCCUACAAUGCCAUGUCACAAAUCAUGCCUGCAUUGAAACUAAUUACUACAUAAUCAUUA